UCUUGGCAUGUUCACAGGAGGUGUGGUAAAAAAAAAAAAGGAGAGGACUGCCUAUAAAAGUGCAGAACCACUGCAGGCUGCAAAGCUUCUUUCUCAGCACAUCUUGUGAAAUCCUGAAUGUGAACAGCAGGAACAACAAAACCAGCAGCAGCCAUGAAGAUUUACCCUCUCAUCUUCCUUCUGAUCUUCAGCUGCAUGUACCUGAGUCUCGCUCAAGGCUCAUUUGAUAACUGUUGUCUCGGCUAUGUGAAAACAGUUGGAAGAGUUAUAAAGAAGAAUAUUGUGAGUUACAGAAUCCAGGAAACAGAUGGUGCUUGCAACAUCAGAGCUGUUGUGUUUACAACUAAAAGUAAGCGUGGGACUAAGAAGCAAUGGACUCUCUGUACCAAUCCAGAAGAUGGUUGGGUCAAAGAUGUGAUGAGCAGGUUGGAUAUUAAAACAAAAGACAAGGCCACUUAAAAGAGAGAAACCUGAGAGGAGAGCGGCUGUAACGGCUCCCUGUCGUCAUCCACAUCAUCUUCAGCCAGCUGGAUUGUGUUUCAGUUGAUUUAAUAUUUCCUGUAGCUGACAGAAAAUGUAAAUCAUGUGUGCUAUUCUGUGUAACAAUAAUACUUUAUCCUCAAAGUUAUAGCCAGUUCAGAAAAAAGGUCAUUUAUAUGAGCCAUGACCAUAUUACUGUUUAGUUCUCUGUGAUGUGUAAAGCGUGCUAAGAAUGAGCCACCCUUUGGCAGCUUUGAAAUGUGAUUAAAUGUGUGUGUGUGUGUGUGUGUGUGUUUGUGUGUGUGUGUGUGUGUGUGUGUGUGUGUGUGUGUGUGUGUGUGUGUGUGUGUGUGUGUGUGUGUGUGUGUGUGUGUGUGUGUGAGACAUAAAUGUAAAAAAUUAAACUACUUUAUGAUAAGCUGUGCUUUUUUAUACAACAGACUUUCAUAUUUUUGUAUCAGCACUCUAAUUGUACUUUGUGUUUUCCUGCAUCAAAUAAAUAAUAAAUGUAAA